AUGUGGUUGCUUGUUCCCCUAGGUCUGGGCAAGACGAUCCAGACGAUUGCCUUCCUGCUGCACAUCAAGGAGCAGAAGGGAAACGUGGGGCCGCACCUCAUCGUCGCCCCGAAGUCGACACUGUCCAACUGGAAGACGGAGUUCGAGCGCUUCGCGCCGGGCUAUUCCGUCCGGCUCCUGACGGGAGACCAGGACCUCAGGGAGCUCGAACUCGCGGCGCUCCGCCGGGACAUAGCGCAGAGGCGCCCAGUCGCUUGCGUCACGAACUACGAGCAGGUGCACCGCAACGACUGGCUGCUCAAAAACAGUUGGCAGCUCGUGGUCGUCGACGAGGGCCACCGGCUGAAGAAUCCGGAGACCGUGUUGCACAACGCCAUGGCUAGUCUCCGCUGCCGGAUGCGGUUGCUGUUGACCGGGACCCCGCUGCAGAACAGCGUCAAUGAGUUGUGGGCGCUCCUGCACUACUUACUCCCGGACCUGUUCACGGUCGUGAUGGACUUCAAGGCCUGGUUCGCCAAGCCCUUCCAGGGCGUCGAGGGACUAAACGAGUACGACAUCCAGCUGGACCCGGAGCAGGAGCAGCAGGUGAUCCAGCAGAUGCACACGCUGCUGUCCCCCUUCCUGCUGCAGAGGCUGAAGAGCGAGGUGCUGGCGGAUCGUCUCCCGCCUAGGGUCGAGGUCGACGUGCGAGUGCCGCUGAGCGCGUGGCAGGAGGCGGCCUACAGGGACCUCGAGAAGCGGACCAUCCGCCUGCUCGAUGAGGGCGCUGCGGUGUCCAGCGAUCAGGUGAACAAUGCGCUCAUGCAGCUGCGGAAGAUCGUCCUGCACCCGUACCUCUUCCAGCAGGGCUACGCCCGGGGCCAGGACCUCUUCAGGGCCUCUGGCAAGCUGGAGGCUCUCGACAGGAUGUUGCCAAAGCUGCUCCGCUUCGGCCACAAGGUGCUCGUCUUCUCCCAGUUCACGAGCUUGCUCGACAUACUGGAGGACUUCCUCAAGUGGCGGGACAUCGUGCACGUCCGGCUUGACGGCCAGGUGGCGCACGAGCAGAGGAAGGCGCGCAUAGAGCGCUUCAAUUCCGACGAGAGCGUGAAGGUCUUCCUGCUGUCCGCGCGCGCCGGGGGCCUCGGCCUGAACCUGCAGGCCGCGGACACGGUGGUGCUCUUCGACAUCGACUGGAAUCCCCAGAACGACAGGCAGGCGGUCGCUCGCGUGCACCGGGUCGGCCAGACCAGGGAGGUCCGCGUGGUGCGCUUGGUGACGGACUCGAAGGUGGAGAGGCACAUGGAGGCUCGCUGCAGGGAGAAGCUGGAGAUGGAGCAGAAGGUCCUGGGCGCGGGCAUGUUCCGCAGGCAGGCCACCGCAGAGCAGCGCAGCGCCGCGCUGCGGGCCGUGCUCGGGCUCUCGGAGACCGCUGGCGGCCCGGGCGGCGGCGGCGCCGGCCAGGGCGUCACCUCGCCGGAGGAUCGGAUGAACGAGCUCAUCGCCCGUGGCGCGGAGGAGAGUUGGACGCAUUCCACGGCAUGGACGCUGAGACCCUGCAGCCCCCCCGCGGUUCGGCCGCGGGCCCGGAGCCGACGAGGGCGUUGCUGGAGCGUUGCGGGCGGCUGAUGCGGCCCAGCGAGGUGCCGCAGGGCUUCUCCACGGCGGCCUCCGCGAGCAGCGGGUAGCGUCUCCAGGCCUCCUCCUCCUCCUCCUCCUCCUCGACUCCCGUUGCUGCCCCCGCCGCUCCUCGUCUUCUCCUCCCGCGAUGGGAGACGCCGUCGGCAGGCGCGCGGGCUCCUGCCCAGGGCCAGUCUUGCGUGUCUUCGAGCCUCGAGGCCUCCGGCGUCUCCUGCUGCCGCCACCCACCGCCGCUCCUCGCCAUUCCUCCCGGGGAGGAGGCGCCGGGAGCGGCCUGCUGCUGCGCGCCCACCCUCCUGUCUCUUGACGAAGCUCCUCCUCCCUCUUUCUCCCGCGGCAUCCUCGCGUCUGCCCCCGACCUCGUGCUCCAGGGCCGGCCGGCACGCCAGCAUGCCCGUGCAUGAUUCGUGCAUGGAGUUCUGGGGUGAAGGACCAUGCAGUUCUGGGCCGAGGGCGCAAAACAUCAUCACGGCGCAUCCCGUCGCCGAUCGCUGCACUGCGCAGCACCUCGCCGACCCGCCGCCUCCGCGCGUGCCGCGGUGCCCGGGAGAGACCGCCUCG